UAUCUCAACUGAUCGGAAAUAUGUCUUCCUCGAGUCCCGACCAGCGCCUGGAGCACCUCCUGAGCGCCGUGAAGAGCGAGUUUCAGGAGGGCAGCGAGAAGGGCGACGCGCUCGAGCGGGAUAUUAAACUUGCCCUAGAAGACGCGGAGUUAUGGAGCAAAUUUAAAGAGCUCACUAAUGAAAUGAUAGUCACUAAGACUGGAAGGCGAAUGUUUCCCGUGCUCAAAGCCAGUGUCACCGGUCUGGACCCCAACGCGAUGUACUCGGUCCUGCUGGACUUUGUAGCGGCCGAUAAUAAUCGGUGGAAAUAUGUGAAUGGUGAAUGGGUGCCGGGCGGCAAACCCGAGCCUCAGAGCCCGAGCUGCGUCUACAUCCAUCCAGACUCACCCAACUUCGGCGCGCACUGGAUGAAAGCGCACAUCUCCUUCAGCAAAGUCAAACUCUCCAAUAAACUCAAUGGAGGCGGACAGAUUAUGUUGAACUCCUUGCACAAAUACGAGCCCAGGAUUCACAUAGUGAAAGUUGGUGGGAUCCAGAAAAUGAUCAGCAGCCAGUCUUUUCCCGACACUCAGUUUAUUGCAGUCACGGCUUAUCAGAAUGAAGAGAUCACCGCUCUGAAGAUCAAGCACAACCCAUUCGCCAAAGCAUUCCUGGACGCCAAAGAAAGAAGUGAUCACAAGGAUGUCCCAGACCACAGCACUGACAACCAGCAAUCUGGAUACUCGCAACUUGGUGGCUGGUUCCUGCCCAGUAACGGCCCUAUGGGCCCCAGCAGCAGCCCUCCUCAGUUCAAUGGG